GCAGUGUAGUUAUCCAGCUGCACCGGCGUUAGCUCCUUGCGCAGUCAAUGCUUGCCACUGGUCCCCUGACAGACGACAUCGGAGUUCUUUGCCAAAUACACCCGUCAUUGAGCCCCCUCCCACCGAAAAUGAAGACACCUUUGCCUCCGAAUCAAUUGACAUGAAGGCUUCUGUGGCACAAGACACUCACCUUUUGCAGACAUGCCGGGGUCGCUAUACGAAAGCUCCAAUCUGGAUCGAGGCGGCAACAACAGGAAGAAGAAGAUAGAGGAAUUCUCUAGGUCUUCUCGGGAGAAAAUAGUCCAGUCCAAGAACAAAAUGUUCUCCAAAUUUACGUCAAUUCUUCAGCACGCAGUCGAAGCGCUAGCUCCAUCGCUACCACUGCAGGAGGACUUUGUCUAUCACUGGAAAGCCAUUACACAUUAUUACAUUGAAACAUCAGAUGACAAAGCGCCAGUCACAGACACCAACAUCCCAUCCCACCUGGAACAGAUGCUGGAAAUACUGAGUCAGGAGGAAGGGGAACGGGAGUCUGGAGAGACUGGGCCCUGCAUGGAGUAUCUCCUGCACCACAAGAUUCUGGAGACGCUUUACACUUUGGGCAAGGCAGAUUGUCCACCAGGUAUGAAGCAGCAGGUCCUGACUUUUUACACAAAGCUACUAGCACACAUUCGCCAACCUCUCCUGCCACAUAUCAACGUUCACAGACCAGUUCAGAAACUGAUCCGCCUGUGUGGUGACGUACUGGCUGCUCCUACAGAAAAUGAAGAGAUUCAGUUCCUUUGCAUAGUUUGUGCCAAACUUAAGCAGGAUCCAUAUCUUGUCAACUUCUUCCUCGAGAACAAGUCGAGGAGAAAUGAGACCAGUCCGGGUAGCGCAGAUGGCCUGAAAGAGAGCGUGUUGGCCCCCGACACGGGUCAAGAACAUGCAAACGGCAGUGAGGCACCACAAGCUGCUGCCUCCAUCUCAAGUCCCACCACCAACAACAACAACAAUUAUAACCUGGUUACGUCGCUGCUCAACCUUACAAAGAGCCCCGAUGGCAGGAUUGUGGUGAAGGCUUGUGAAGGCCUUAUGCUGCUGGUCAGUUUACCAGAACCUGCUGCCGCCAGGUGCUUGACUGAGAACACUGAGCUCUGUGAGCUUCUGACCGACAGGCUGGUCACCUUGUAUAAAGCCCUUCCGCCAUCCUUGGACCCUUUGGAUAUCGAGACGGUGGAGUCCAUCAACUGGGGUCUCGAUGUGUAUAAUGUGAAAGAGGAUGCUGCAGUGUUUGCAGGGAAGAGGCCUCUCAUCUCCUUCCUGUCUUGGCUGGAUUACUGCGAUCAGCUCAUCAAAGAAGCUCAGAAGUCGGCGGCCUCUGUGAUGGCCAAGGCGUUGCGAGAGAGAUUCUUUGUGUGCGUGAUGGAGCCGCAGCUCAUGCAGACGUCAGAGGUGGGCAUCCUCACCUCCACAGCCCUGCUGAACAGGAUCAUCAGGCAGGUGACGUCCGAGGCGCUGCUUCAGGAGAUGGUCUUCUUCUUGCUGGGGGAGGAGAGUGAAGCCGAGACUCCGUCUGCGAUUGCUCAGAAUCCCCUCAGACACAGACUCAUCGAGCACUGUGACCACCUUUCAGAUGAGGUCAUCAUCAACAUUUCAGCAACCACUAUCAGCAUCAUGACCCUGAGGCUGUUUGAGCAGCUCAUCCAAAAGCCCAACCGGCACAUCCUGCACAGUUUAGCGCUGCGUAACCUGGAGGAGAGGAACUACCUGGAGAACAAACCUCCCGAGGAGCGAGAGCCCAUCGAAAACGGCCAGCCUCACGAUGCUGUAGACCUGGAGGAGGAUCCGCUGUUUGGCGACGACCUUUCUCCAGACAGCCGUCUGUCUUCGUCUGAUUGGCUCAGCCCCUCUCCGUCCCAGAGUCCGGACCACUCUAAGUCUGAGGGGAAAACGGAAGUCCACAAGAUCGUCAACAGUUUCCUGUGUUUGGUCCCCGACGAGGCCAAGUCGUCGUACUUUGUGGAAGGAAGCGGGUACGACACGUACCUCCGAGAUGCGCACAGACAGUUCCGAGACUACUGUGGAGUCUGUCAGCGCUGGGACUGGAGAGGAACUCCCAAAGCCUUUGAGAAAUGCAACUUGGAACUCCCCUUCUUUGAGGGUCACUUCCUUAAGGUCCUCUUUGACAGGAUGGGUCGCAUUCUCGAUCAGCCGUACGAUGUCAACCUGCAAGUGACAGCGGUUCUGUCCAAACUGUCCUUGUUACCGCACCCGCACCUGCACGAGUACAUGCUGGACCCCUACAUUAACCUGGCUCCCGGAUGCAGGUCUCUGUUCUCUGUUGUGGUCAGGGUGGUGGGAGAUCUCAUGUUGAGAAUUCAACGCAUCCCAGACUUCACCCCCAAACUGCUGCUGGUGAGGAAGAGGCUGUUGGGUCUGGAACCUGAAGGCAUCACGAUCGACCACAUGACCCUGCUGGAGGGGGUGAUCGUGUUGGAGGAGUUCUGCAAAGAGCUAGCGGCCAUCGCCUUCGUCAAAUACCACGCCACUGCCUCGUCGUCGCCGUAGAAGUUGGGACGCUCUUCCUCCCGGGCUGCCCCGACGUCGGCGCUAAGUGGUCAUCCGCACUCGAUGUGUCGGUCUGAAGUUUGGCGCCAAGCUCAUGAAACACUGCCCAUCCAGCAGAUGAACAAGCUCAACGUCUGCGUCUUCGUUCACCGCCUCGCCAAUCAUCACCGUCAUCAUGGACAUAUUGUGUUUGGGACAAACAGGUGGUUGUAUUUAUUCUCAGUCAUGGACAUCAUCGCCUAAGUGUGCAAGCACAUUUUUUUUUUUUUUGGGGGGGGGGGUGAAUUUUGAUCUCAACUUGCCAAUGGUCACGUUCAUAGACGUGCAGUUAUAAUUCUCCUUGGACUGCAGUAUGACCGGUACUGCAGACACUUUUUAAAAGGAUAUUUCCUCGUAUUUAUUGAUUUGCUUUCAGGUCGCCUUUCUUUUUAAACCAAUGUGGUAUUGGGAUGCUUUUAAUGCUUUUGACGAGCAGAUGAUUUUUGUUCAUCCCAAAAAAAUGGAAGCUUCACCGGCAUAAUCCAAAGAUGUCACCAUCCAAUGUGGUGUGUUUAGGAGCCGGGGGGACUGUUGCACAUGCACUUGUUACAUUUUGGCUUGCUUUUUAGACAUUUGUACAAAGAUACAAAGCCUCUCAAUGUUCCGUUUUGUAUGUCGUUAAUCUGAAGUUGCUAUGCCUUCUUAUACAAACUUGUAUUUAAAAGCAGUUGUUGUGUCUCGGAUGACCCAAACGUGGGCUGUACAUUGUUACAUUUUUUUUUCUUGGUCAGAUGUUGGUUGCUUUAACUCAACAUCUUCCCCCACUUUUGAAGUCCUUGAGUGAAUUUGAGAUUCUCCUUCGUGUAUUUGAUGUUUCAGCACGUGUAUGCGAAUGUGAGAGAUUAAAUGCUCACCUCAUCCUCUCUUUCUGAGCUCUUGAAGUGCUCGUACAGGGUCACAUUUGCACAUUUGUGUCUUCACACUUGCUCACUGUGUAUAAAUAUGUACGCCACAAAAAGAAUUUCCUUUCCUAUACCAAAAUAAAAACAAUACAGUAUCACAGGAGUACUGUUUCUAUCUUAACAGAACUCUUGCAUUUUUUUUUCAUCCUGCACAUUUUAUAAUCUGCCAUUUUGUUUACUUUCAGUGUCCAGUAGUGUACAAUAGCAAUAUAGGAAAAAAUACUACCUGGCGUCAAUGCAUGACAUGGCAUUAUUCUUUGUUGGAAGGUCACAGAAGGCUGAUUGUUCGCAGUAACUCAUGAUGACUUUGACUUCUUUCAUAAAUCUGUUUAGCUGCAUCAAUUUACGUUUGUCACUGUGACAGCUUUUGUCUGACUGGUCAGUUUUAUCACAGCAGUACUCAAGUCACUUCUUUCUCGGCAUGAAAGAAAAGGGAGCCGUUUUUUAAUUUGGAUUUUGUGCAAUGCAGAUGCAUGAUCUUCCCACCUGGUGCUUCACUGAGGACUUCAAAAGGCAAGCCUGAAGCUUUCACACCGGCUUGAUUUAUUCUUCCCGUAGCCGCAGGUGUCACUCCAGUCCUGUCAGAACAAUGUGCUCUUGCUCAACUUUCUCCAUUUCAAUAAAAGAUAUAUCUCAACUUGG